CUGUUCAUCUUUGACGGUCUGGAUGAAAGCAGACUUUCUCUGGACUUCAGCAGCAAACAGCGGCUGGUUGACGUCUCCCAGCAGUCUUCAGUCAGCCUGCUGCUCACUAACCUCAUCCGGGGGGAUCUGCUGCCCUCGGCUCGGGUCUGGAUCACUUCCAGACCUGCAGCGGCCAAUCAGAUCCCUCCAUCAUGUGUGGACAGACUGACAGAAGUGCGAGGCUUCACUGACGCCCAGAAGGAGGAGUACUUCAGGAGGAGGCUGAGUGAUGAGGAGCUGAGCAGCAGAAUCAUCUCCCACAUCCAGACCUCCAGGAGCCUCCACAUCAUGUGUGGAAUCCCAGUCUUCUGCUGGAUCACUGCUACAGUUCUGGAGCACAUGUUGAGCAGCGAGCAGAGAGGAGAGCUGCCCCAGACCCUGACUGACAUGUACUCCCACUUUGUGCUGGUUCAGACACACAGGAAGAAGCUCAAGUACCAUGAAGGACCUGAGACGGGUCCACAGGAGCUGACGGAGGCUGACAGGAAGAUUCUCCUGAAGCUGGGCAGGAUGGCCUUUGAACAUCUGGAGAAAGGAAACAUCCUGUUCUACCAAGAAGACCUGGAGCAGUGUGGUCUGGAUGUGACUGAGGCCUCGCUGUUCUCUGGAGUUUGUACUCAGAUCUUCAAAAGAGAGUCCGUGAUCUUCCAGAAAGCCGUCUACAGCUUCGUCCAUCUGAGUGUUCAGGAGUUUCUGGCUGCAGUCUUCAUGUUCCACUGUUUCACCAACAGGAAGACAGAUGGACUGAAGACCUUCCUGACUUUAUCUGGACAAGUGUUCAAGUUGUUUGGAUUUGAUAAUUCUUUCCCAUCUCUGGACAAGGUCCUGAAGAAAGUCCUGCAGAAAUCCCUCAGAAGUCAGAACGGCCACCUGGACCUGUUUGUCCGCUUCCUUCAUGGCCUCUCUCUGAAAUCCAACCAGAGACUCUUAGAAGGUCUGCUGGGUCGGACAGAGAUCAGUCCAGAAACCAUCCAGAGAGUCAUCCAGAACCUGAAGGAGAUCAACAGUGAUGAAACGUCUCCUGACAGAAGCAUCAACAUCUUCCACUGUCUGAUGGAGAUGAAGGACCUCUCAGUCCAUCAGGACAUCCAGAAGUUCCUGAAGUCAGAGAACAGAUCAGAGAAACUCUCUGAGAUCCACUGCUCAGCUCUGGCCUACAUGCUGCAGAUGUCAGACCAGGUCCUGGAGGAGUUGGACCUGAAGAAGUACAACACAUCAGAGGAGGGACGACGGAGACUGAUCCCAGCUGUGAGGAACUGCAGGAAGGCUGAGUGAGUCCACAUGUCCUCAUGAUCAAUGUCUCAGUGAUGUUUGUAGAAAGUAGUUCCUGUAGUUCCUCUGUGGAGAUGUUCCUCAAUCAGGGCUCCAUAUUCAGGCCUGUCUGAUCGUCCUGGAGAACAAAAUAUGUCGAUCAGCUUGUUCAACCAGAGAAGUUGAUCGUGCUGCAGAAGCUCCUGAUGCUGUUUGGUUUAAUAAGACCAGAAGACAAGCUGA